UGUGCAUGCGCUUGCCUCCGAGCCUAACCAUGUCUUCUCACAAGACUUUCAGAAUCAAGCGAUUCCUGGCCAAGAAGCAAAAGCAGAAUCAUCCCAUUCCUCAAUGGAUUCAGAUGAAGACUGGUGAUAAAAUCAGGUACAACUCCAAGAGGAGACACUGGAGGAGGACCAAGCUGGGACUGUAAAGAAUUGAACAUGAGAUGCAGCAUAUUUCUCUCCCCGGAGUCACAAAAUGAUACAUUCUUUAUCAUGGUCGAGAUUACAUUACCAUAUCAAGCUUAAAUAUGAUUGGCUGGACAGUUGAAUGUGCUUAAUCAGGAAUCUUGUUCUGUGAUCACACUGAGUCAACAAUAAAUGUUUUGAAACCUUUAAAAAAAA